AUGACCCGUCUGUCAGUUAACGAUUAUAAAGUCGGAUGGCUCACAGCCCUAUACGUCGAGUUCUCCGCUGCAACAGCAAUGCUCGACUCGCAACAUGAAACGCCGAAGGAUUAUAAAUCUAAAACUGAAACACCAAAUCAUUAUACAUUCGGAGAAAUCAACGGUAUCAAUGUUGUCAUAACGACCUUGCCCGAUGGGGUCUACGGAAAUAUAUCUGCUACUAGAGUGGCCACGGACUUUUCCAAUGAUUUUCCAAAUCUCGGACUAAGAUUCCUUGUGGGAAUCGCCGGCGGUGCACCUAAAGAGAGGAAUGAUAUCAGGUUAGGAGAUGUAGUCGUCAGCAGACCGUCAGAAAAUUCUCCAGGAGUUAUAAAACAUGAUUUUGGGAAAUCCCUUGAUAGUGGAUUCAAACUGACAGGUGUUCUUUCUAAGCCACCCGAAACUAUACUUCGUGCUCUUCCACUUGUACGCCGGUGGCCGGAAAAAACGCUUAGCGCGGCAAUCUUCCAAAUACUUGCGAACGCUUUCGAAAAAGACAACCAAGAGAUGCUCCGGCCACCGGUUGACGAGGAUGUUCUAUUCCACUAUGAAUAUCAACAUCGCGGGGAAGAAUCGAGUCCUUGUAGUGCAUCCUGUAGUCCCGAUUUUCGCGUGAAUCGCGAACCCCGGAGCUCCUGGCUCGAUAUAAAGAAAAAAGUCGGAGUACCACUGGACUAUCUUCAAUGGGGCCGUGACGAUGACGAUAUUUACAUUUCUACCCCACCACCCCGAAUCCACUAUGGUACCAUCGCAUCUGGAGACAACCUCCUGCGCAAUGGGAUAGCUAGAGAUAAAAUUCAGGGACAGACUGGAGCAUUGUGCUUUGAAAUGGAAGCAGCGGGUGUCAUGGAUGUUUGGCCCUGUUUGGUGGUUAGGGGUAUAUGCGACUAUUCCGACUCACAUAAAAAUAAAGCAUGGCAGGGUUAUGCGGCGGGUACGGCCGCUGCAUUUACGAAAUUCUUGCUGAUGUCGAUACCUCAUCCUCGAGAGAAAAGGCCACCACCAAAGUCCCUUGGAGCGGUUCGCGCUGGAAUUCUAGACCCUGAUGUAGAAAGAAAUGCGGAGGACGUAGCAUUAGCGUUGCGGAUAGGUGGUGAAAAUCAUGUGCAUUCCACUUCGGCAUAUGCUCAAACCCAUACCUCUCGUGCUCGUGAGAGGGAGUUACUACCUCUCACAAAUAGUGUUACCACUGCUGAUGGAACCAAAAUCAGACAGUAUGGGGAUGCGAUGAUUCAAGGACGUGCUAUAAUAAAUGGCGCGCAAACAUACGAGACAGAAGAGUUCAUGGACUUUAGCUCAAAGGAAGGAAAGAUUUUCAACGGGUCACAGAAAUUCAAGUCGAAAGGACCCAUGAGAUUCUAG